UGAGUGAAAGUCCUGAAUGGUUUUGGUAGUGCAGACAAGAUUUGUAAUUUAUCCCUGCUUUUGCCCAGAAAGCUAUGAGUCAGAAAAUCCUUGAAGACACCAAAUAAUUGAGUUUAUCUCCAAAGAAAACCAAACCUUUUCUGAAAUAACUACAAUAAUAGGAAUAAGAGUGUUUUUAAGAAGUGUGGAGAUGACUCUGACUGAGUAUCCUACUUUGAUGCACUUCAGAAAAAUAGAUGAUACAUGCGCUAAGGCACUGAGCCUGAAAUUCACAGUCAGAUUCCUGUGACUGAAUCUGAGCAUGUGAGGAUCAUGACUGAAACUGCAAUUUGUCUGGGAACAUUCAGUGAUGUGAAGAGACUCUGGGAGGUGCGAAUACACAAGAUAAGUGAAGAAUUACAGAAAGAAAAAGAAUUUAGAGAGAGAUGUGCAGGAAGGCUGAUACUUGUCUGGGAGGAGAGAGCUGCUUUAGCAAAGCUCAAAGAAAAAGUUAUUAAUGAAGAUGGAAGAGCAAUUUUAAGGAUAGAGGAAGAAGAAUGGAAGACUCUACCUUCAUGCCUAUUGAAACUACUCCACCUCCAGGAAUGGCAGCUUCAUAGAACUUCUUUGCAGAAAAUUCCUCAGUUCAUUGGAAGAUUUCACAAUCUUGUUGUUCUGGAUCUGUCCCGGAACUCAAUUGAAAGUGUACCUAAAGAAAUUGGCCAGCUGACUAGCCUCCAGGAGCUGCUUCUCAGUUACAAUAGAAUAAAGUCUGUUCCUGAGGAAAUAAGUAACUGUGUCAGUCUUGAAAGACUGGAACUGGCUGUCAACAGGAGUAUUUGUGAUCUUCCUCCUCAGCUCAGUGAUUUAAAGAAGCUUUCACACAUAGAUUUGAGCAUGAAUCAGUUUACUACCAUCCCUUCAGCUCUUCUCAACAUGCCAAAUUUAGAAUGGUUAGAUAUGGGAGGAAAUAAAAUCCAGGAGCUUCCUGAUGUGAUUGACAGAAUGGAAAAUCUCCACACCUUAUGGCUUCAAAGAAAUGAGAUAAAAUCUUUGCCAGAAACCAUUUGUAAUAUGAAAAAUCUUAGUACUCUUGUCCUUAGCAACAACAAAAUUAAAGAUAUUCCAGCUUGUAUGAAGGAUAUGGCAAAUCUGAGAUUUGUCAACUUCAGAGACAACCCACUGGAGUUAGAAAUAAAACUCCCUCCAUGUGAGAAUACAGAAGAGGAGGAACAACGGGAAAUGUUUGGCAUUGAAUUCAUGCACAUGUACAUCCAGGAGUCACUCAAGAGAACAGGAAAUCUGGAAAGUUGUACCUCUGAUCCCUCUCCUGUCAUAAAUGCUAAAGAAUAAAGAAUGUAAGAAAUAUACAACCUUUUCCUGGGUACAUGAAAGACUAAGGCAGUUUUUUUGUAAGAAAAUAAUUAUUUAAAAAAAAAUAUCCAUGGAAGUUGUAUGGAUUUUUUUUAGUGCCAAUUCCAAGUCUAU